GUUUGUUCAAUUACCUUUUGCUUUUUUAAGUUCAAGAUUCAAAACAAGGAAAUCCAAAAAUGGACAAAUCCCAGGACAUGAGUCAUCAAGCUGGUCAGGCUGUGGGUCAAGCUAAGGAGAAGGCAAGUAACAUGAUGGAUAGCGCAAGCAAUGCUGCUCAAUCUGCCAAAGAAUCCUGCCAAGAGGCUGGCCAACAGAUGCAAGCAAGGGCACAAGGUGCUGCUGAUGCUGCCAAAGAUGCAGCUGGGGCUAACAAAUGAAUCUAAUGAAGAUUUCUCCAAGUGGCUAUUUAUGUUCCAAAUUUUGGUUUUUGAUCUUUCUGCAUGUUUAUUUACUUUUGCUAUUUUUUGCUUUUAGUAUUUUUUUUUUCAUUUUUUUAAUGGAUGAAUAAGAUUGUUUUUGUAUCAGUCACUUGAAUGAAAGACAUGAUUAUUUGUAGAAUUAUCAUAUUAUAGUCCAAUAAACAACCAUUUUUCAAUAAAAAGAUGCAUGUUAAUGC